AGCCAGAUUUCAGAUAUAAAAUGGCGGCUUUCCGUCUUCUCUGUCCUUCUUCUUCCUCCUCCACAACCCGAGCACUAUCACGAUGGGUUUCGGUGACCUGAAAGCGCCCUCCGGCCUCAAAGUGCUCAACGACUUCCUUUCAGAUCGGAGCUACAUCGAGGGGUAUGUUCCGUCCCAGGCAGAUGUUGCUGUCUUUGAGGCAGUUGCAGCCUCACCACCAGCCGAGUUUUGCCAUGCACUCCGUUGGUUCAACCAUAUCAAGUCAUACCAGAGCCAGAAGAACAGUCUUCCAGGUGUGAAGAAGCCCUUGGGACAGUACGGGCCAGCAGGUGUGGCCGACAUCACGGCGAGCUCUCUCGCCGCCACAAAGGAGGAUGAGGAUGAUGAUGAUAUUGACCUGUUUGGCUCAGAUGAGGAAGAUGCAGAGGCUGCUCGGUUGAAGGAGGAGCGUGUGGCAGCCUACGCAGCCAAGAAGGCAAAAAAACCUGCCCUCAUUGCUAAAUCCUCUAUCCUGCUGGAUGUCAAGCCUUGGGACGAUGAGACUGACAUGGCAAAGUUGGAAGAGUGUGUCCGCAGCAUAGAGAUGGAUGGACUCGUCUGGGGACAGUCCAAGCUGCUCCCUGUGGGUUACGGUAUCAAGAAGCUGCAGAUCAACUGUGUGGUGGAAGAUGACAAGGUGGGCACUGACAUUCUGGAGGAGCAAAUUACUGCAUUUGAAGAUUUUGUUCAGUCAAUGGAUGUUGCUGCAUUUAACAAAAUCUGAACAAGGGCAUUGCAAAAUAAAGCACUUGGUAUAAGGUUG